ACUCCCCUCCUCUCAGGUGUAAUUAUUCGGCCCGUCACUCUUCCGCCAACAAACAGCGGGCUGUUGAAGAGAAGGUAACUGAACGCAACAAGAUAAAAUAGAUGGAGAACUUCAUCCUGUAUGAGGAGCUUGGGAAGGGCAGGAGUAGUGUGGUCUAUAAAGGAAGAAGGAAGGGCGAGCUUAACUAUGUCGCCAUCAACUGCACUGAUAAAACCAAGAGACCUGAGAUCACUAACCAUGUACGUCUCAGUCACGAUCUGGAUCAUCCAAACAUAGUGUCCUUCCACGAGUGGUAUGAGACAAGCAGCCACCUCUGGUUGGUCGUGGAGCUCUGUACAGGUGGUUCCCUGGAGUCAGUAAUUAGCCGUGAUGGAUGUCUGUCAGAAGAUGUGGUUAAGAGAUUUGGAUGGGACUUGGUUAAAGGACUUAAAUACAUCCAUGAGUCAGAAAUUAUUCUCUCUGACUUAAAUCCUUCCAAGAUCUUGUUGGAUGGUAGUGGCAUUCUGAAGUUAGGUAACUUCUGUCUGGCCAAGGUAGUAGGAGAGACACUGGAGGAUUUCUUUAGCAUGCUCUCAACAUCUGAGGGUGCAGAAGAACAAGAAACCAUGGACACCUUUGACAGUGUGCAGAAAAGACUAAAAGGUUCUCCAGCUUACAGCCCCCCGGAAGUUUUACAGGGCACAGAAACCAGUAUGAGCUCUGAUCUGUGGGCCCUGGGUUGCAUACUCUACUACAUGUUCACUGGUAAGCCCCCGUUUGAUUCUGACAGCUUCACUGAACUUACUGAGAAGAUUUUACAUCAGGAACCAUCACCUCCAAGACAGACAGUUUUUUCAUCCAGUACUCCCAGUGAGGAUUUCCAGAACCUUCUGAAAGGCUUGCUUAACAAAAACCCAGAUAAGAGGAUGCACUGGGUAGAGUUGUUAGACCACCCUUUCUGGACAGAAGUACUUAUGGAGGAAGAGGAGGAUGAUGAAGAAGAGGAACAGAAGCAAAGAAAUGGCUUUAAAGGUGUUGGUUCAGAUAGCUCAAGACACACAAGAAUCCCUGACCCUCUCCCUCCAGGAGAAGCAGACACACUUCCAAACAACCACUCUGCCGUCCAGCAGCCAGCACGUAUCACCUCUAAGACAGUAAUACUGUCACAGAUUUCAACUUCAACCACUCACAGUCACUCUGAAAGAAAGACUGAUUCACAACGCUCUGUCAGAGCCUCAACCUGUGGAGCCUUAAGGGACAGCCAGGACAUGGAUGGGGAGAAGGAAAAGCAGGAUGGAGAGGAAGUGGAGGCAAAGACAGAAGAUGACCCCAAGCUAACUGCAGCCCGGCAAAUAUGCCACACACUGCAACCCAAUAAGUCAUUCACACUGGAUAAUAUGUCGGAGCUCAGGCCAAAGAGUGGAGUGGAUGAGGACAACACUGAAGCUAUUUUCCUGCUCAGUUCCUGUGCCAACUCAAGAAGAAGCUGCAGUAUCUCAGAACCUCCAAACAAGACCCCUGCACUUCAGGCCGGCACAGGGACAGACAUCACAUCCAAAGUGAAGUCUCUUCUUCAUACUGACUCUGAUUUGACUGUCACCCCAGUCUUGGACAACCCAAAGAUUCUUAAGAGUUCUCCUGUGCGAUUUGAUUCCAAAAACCUUUGUGUACCAGUGUAUUCAGUUGAGGACCUGAAAUCUUUAAGAGAUGAAGAGUGGACUGUCUUUCUCUUACAACUCUGUUCAUCCCUUAAAGACCAGAAUCUCUCUGCUCCUUCUUCCACUGCUGCUCCUCCAUCCUCCACAGCCAUUCGCUCAAAACUCAACCUGCUGUGCUACCUCUGCUGUGUAGUUGGACAUAAAGUUGUAGCUAACAGGCUGAUAAACUCAACACUGCUUUCAGGACUGACUCAGCAGUUACGACAUGCUCCCAACUGGGAUGUGAAAAGCAAAGUUCUCAGAGUAAUGGGUCUACUUGCUCUGCACUGCACCGAACUCAGAGAGGACAGCUCAGUCCCUGAGGCUGUGUCCACAUUAACAGACCUGCUGAGAGACAACCUGAAGAACUCUAAAGUAAAGCAGUUCUUGUUGCCACCACUAGGAGAGCUCCUUUACCUCAUCGCCUCUCAGGAGGAGAAGAGAGGCUCCCCAGAGGGACUGUGGUUCGUUCCCGCUGCCGCCUACACUGGCUUAAUGAGGAGCCUGCGGGAAGGGGACGAUUCCAUCGUUCACCACAUGGCUGCUAAAGCCAUAGAGAACAUCUCCACCUGUGUUUCUGGCCCCUCCCACCACCUUGUUACCCCAGAGUUAGGCUCCGCCCUCUGGUACCUGUUCACUCACUCCACUGUGGAGGCUGUGAGAGUCACAGCCAUCUCUUCUCUUUCUAGGCUCACCCGGGUGGUCCCAGCAGUCUUCUUGGCAGUGAUUGACACAUGUGGCCCUGCAGCUAUUUUGGAGGGUGUAGGUGGAGCAGGGGCCAGGGUGCAGCAGCACCUGCUCUCUGCUAUGGCUAGUGCCCUACUCACCUCCCGCAUCCACACACACCGCGUCACACAAAGCAGGGAUUUGGUGUUGAAGGUGCUACGCUGUCUAGAGAGUCCCUCCACAGUAACAAGAGCCAAAACAUUACUACUGAUUCUACUGUUAAUACAGGACAACAUACCCACACUGCUUUGCUGCUGUCAAAACAGGCUAGUGAUGUACCUGGAGAGAGACCUCCGCAAAGCCACUCCCCUCAGAGAGAACCCUGGCCAAUCAGGAUACCUGUCCCAGUGUAUGGAUGUACUGACUGUGUAUCUGACCAGCACUGCACCUCUGAUACUGGAGGACGUCUUGUGUGCAUUACAAAGUGUGAUUGGGAGAAAACACCCUUCUACAGCUCAGAGCAGACAGCUCAAACAAACUUUACCAACAAUGUCGGUGGUGCUUGAACUUGUUUCAUCACAGGUCUUUAGAUCUCACAUCGUUACUGCAGAUUUUCUUGCUAAAGUUGGAUUGCUGCUGAACUAUAUCACCUCCAUAGAGUCCAAUGAAACAAACCUGUCCAGUGCUUUAGGAUCUGCAGCGUGUGAGGAGUUGAUUAGGACAUCUCUUUCCAUCGUGGAAGUACUAAGUCAGCAUCAUGCUCUCAUCACUCCACAGCAGAAUAUUGUUGUGGAUGCCAUUCUUCCUCCUCUGACAACACUGGCUUUCAGCAGAAAUGUGGAGUGGUCUGUGUUUGUUUUGAGGGUCCUGUCUGAGUUCAGCCUUGUCCUGCUGGUCGAGGAGACUAAAAGAGCUGAGGAAGAUGAGCGGGCAGACAGAAACAAGGAAGGAGAAGAAAAAGGAGGAAGGGCAGCAGAAGAAAGGGAUGAUGGAAGCCCCUGUAAUCACAUAUUGGCUCUCAUCGAUAAAACUCUGCUUUCAAGGUAUGAGUCUCUUCUUCGAGCAGCAGAGCCUAUCCCGCUCUACGCACUCAAGCUGCUGCUGUCUCUGACUGAACACAGCUUGCAGAUGUGCAGGUUGAUCAAACAGAGUAGGAUCCUUCCGAUGGUCCUUCAGCUCAUUAUGGCAAACAGCAGCAAUGUUAACAGUGGGCUGAUCCAGAAUGCAGUCGCCUUGUUGUGUAAUCUUAGUGGAAUGAUUCCUCUACACCAACAAGGUCUAAUAGAGGUGGUGGUGAGCACCCUCUCAGAAGCUGCUCAAGUCCACCUGGAUGGAGCGGGGCAUGCUGGGAGGAAGGUCAGUCAUCUUGUGUUACAGGCCCUACUGGAACUGCUUCACACCAUCCUAAAACAGAUGUCUGCUGUUAUCCGCUCUGCACUGCAGAGCCAGAGGCUAUCUUGUCCAGCAGUGGAGAUGGAGGCAGCAGAGAAGCUGCUCCUAGAAAACCGACCCCUGAGCCAACUCAGCACACUCCUCAUUCACAUGCUCUCCACUGAAAUCCAGGAGGUUUGGGAGGAGUCUAUUCAGUGUCUGUCCCUCCUGGUCCAGCUGUACGGAGGGGAAGGCUACUACUGUCUGUCACCUUCCUGUUUGCAGAGCUUCUCACAUGUGUUGCAAACACACAUGCACACUGAGACCCCUAAAAUCCAACGUACUACACUCAGAAUCAUCAAACGACUGGUGCAGACCACAGAGCAUCCUGAUUGGUUUGAAUGCCCAGAAGGAGCGGAGCUAAUCAGUCUACUGAGGGAUAUAAGCACGUCCAACAGAUGUCAUGUUGAUGUGGUUCCCCUGGCCUCUGAAGUCCUCCACCUCAUCUCUGGAUCCUAAAACAUCUCAUCUUCAAAUGUUUCAAACUAGAAAUCAGAACCUUUGUCAUUUUUGAUGGUUGACUUUUAUAAUUCCUCUGUCUUCAGGUUUUUGUGAAUAAUCAGUUCUGUCAGAACACAAGUUUCUGAUCAUAUUUCUGUAGUUAUUCAUUUUAUUUAGUUCAAAAUUACAAAUUGUACAAGAUGUAAACACAGAAAUGUGCUGUAAUAUUUCAUGUUAUUUAUGUGUUAUCUUUACCUUGUAGUUGUUUUAUGAACUGCUUUGAGUGUUGCUGUAAUCUCCUUGCAGCUUUGAGCCAUGGAUGAAUCUGACCAUGUGCUAUCAGAGCGCUCAUUUCCUGUGCAUCACUCUCAUUAACUUUGCAAAUUGGAUCAAUGACAGUAAUAAAUAUUGCUGUGUCGCUAAAAUAA